AUGACGCAGCCCACAAGCUCAGUCUCAUCAAAACAAACCUUCGACCUCACACCUCUCGAAAACCUCAUCAAAUCCGAACUCGAAUACUGGCUCUCCUACCUCCGCGAAGUCCGCUCAGACGAAAAACUCUCCUACACAGAAAUCCUCAACACACCCGACGACAACACCACCACCACCACCACCACCACCACCACUUCAGCGAAAACCAAAAUCCACGCUCUCCGCCACAUCCUCGAAACUUUACCUCUCCGCCACAAAGCCCUCGCUUCAGCCUACAACACGCCUCCCGAAUUCCAACUCUCCGACCACCUCACCACCCUCCUCGAAACGAAAAAUGAGGUUGUGGCGAUGGAGAAGGAAGUCGUGGAGUUGGAGGAUGCGAGAUUGGAGGAAUUGAAGGGUUUGUUGAAGGUUUUGGAGGAUGUGAAGGUUUUGAUUGGGGAGGGUUAUGUUGGGAAGGAAGAGGUUGAGGGCUUGGUUGCGGCUAUGGAUGCUGUUGGGUUGCAUUGUGAUGAGGAGCAGGUGAGGGGCUAUGGGAAGGGGAAGAUGGGAAUUGGUGAUGGGAGCUUUGAAUGGAGGUGA